UGGAACCGGCACAGUCUGUAGACGACCUCUCCGACGCUCACUCCACGUCGCUCCUCGCUCGCUCUUGCCAGCACCUCGCUCGCUCUUCGCCUUGCUUCACUCUCAGUGCUCGACAUGUCCGCCGUCAUGGAUACCAUGUGCCACAACGAGAACAUCAGCAACUGCUACCGCAGCUUCCUCGCCUCCUCCGCCAAGCGGCAGCAGCGCCGAUCCGCCCUGGACCGCAAAAUCCACAAGCUGAAAAAGAUGCUCAAGCCAGUCCUUUCCCUGGUUCGUGGCCGCUCCGAAAAGACCUACUACCAGAAGGAGACCGCGCCUUGCUGCUGGGCCCAGGACUCCUGCCAGGACGCGGACGCCGACAACGCCGCCAACGAGGCCCUCGAGGCCCGCCUCCUGGACGACCUCGCGCACCCCAAGGGCGCCUCCAUCCAAGUGUGGGUCGGCGGCCAGGUCGUCGAGAUCCCCAUCGUGCCCGGCCAGCCCCAGGUGAUCCCCGUGCACUUCGUCAUUGACCAGGAGGCCGUCGACGGCUUCUGCUGGACCCCGAUGAGCGCCGACAGCGACCUGUGCUGCAGCGACAACACGCCCUACAUCACCGAGCACCAGCUCCCCGAAGUCCAGGCCACCCCCGCCUUCGAGGCCUACGAGCCCUACUCCACCUUCGCCAGCGCCUGCCCGAUCGCCAACUGCACGCCCUGCGCCUGCUAACCAGUGAAGUGAUUAGCCCAGUGAUUUAAUUUGUUGCUCAAGUUGUGUUCGGUCGCGGCCGUCGUGAAACGAGUGGAAAUGUGCCGUGAGUGUCGACUUUCGUGUGACGAAAGUUACUCGCUUUUGUUUAAACUGUAUCAGUUUGAGAAUUUUUUACUGUUUUAAAUCGGAUUAUAUCUGAUAAAUAAUUGACAAUUGGUUUUAAGCUUUAAUUAGAUGGAUUAGGUCUUUCGUUUUAUAGUAGUGGAUCCGCGUUGUAUUGCCAUAAAAAUAAUUUCCGGGACCGCUACGUUUUGCGAAGUUUUAUCGAUGUUGAGAGUUUAGGAUUUUGUUGUGAAGUUAUGAAAUCAGCAGCCUUUUGUGAUCUCAUAGUUAAGUAAGACGGAUUGAAGGACGCAGUUUUUAGAAUUUAAAAAUUUCCGUCCUUUGAAGUGAUAUGGAGCUUUACUGUAAGGAGCGUUAAUUCUUUUGUGACUGAUGUACUUGUUGUGAAGUAUGUGUAGCCCGCGCAGAUCGCACAAGUGUCGGUAACAUGUACAUUUUAUGAACUGAGUUUCAUUCGCUCAAUUUGUUUGUGAAUCGCAUUGAUUCAUGUGAUAUUGAGUAGUUUAAUUUUGAAACUGUGAUGGUACAAAGCUUUAUGAGUUGCACAAAUUCCAAGUGCCCUCACCAGUGACUGUAUGUUGAUGAAUCGUUUCUCAAUUUUUUAAUUAAAAAUCAAUUGAACCUUA